AGAUUUGCUUACCUUGUUUGCUUACAAAACAUUUAAAAUUUUUAAAAUAAGCACAGACAGAAGUUGGGCACCCAUGUUGGUGUCACAUGUCCUCUUUUAAGUCCACAUAUAUAUAUAUAUCUAUAUAUACGCACAUUGCUUUCUUGGUCUGUGCAUAAAUCACAAACAGAACUCAAACCACGUUUUUUUUUUUUAAAACGGAGAAAAUGCAACCCAUUAGAUCAAUAAGUCUACCUUCAAGAAUCCAUCCACCUUCUGUCAAACUCGAGUCUGCAAUCGAUCAGCUUAACCUCUGGCAAAACUCAACCACUUCUUCCACUUCUCUUCAGCACGGAAUGCUGACCCUUGCUGAGCUUUACAACUCCAUCCACGACCUCCUUCAAUCUCCUCUCCCCACCAACCGCACCCUCGCUCAUCUUGCCGAAGACUCUCUCCAUGUCUCAGCCACGUUGCUGGACUCUUGCGACUCCUCCCGAAACAUCCUCCUGACUCUGAGAGAACACGUUCUGACCCUUCAGUCCUCCUUCCGAAGGAAAGGGCCUUCAGACUCCGCCGAAGAAGUUAACAAUUACUUCUCCUUCAGGAGGAAGGCUAAGAAGCAGAUGAUCAAGCUUCUUCUUGGACUGAAGAAGCUUGAGACCAAACCCUUUUUCUCCGAUGCUAUUCUACAGAACGCAGAUCUCCAUCUUCAGAUGCUGGUUUCCGUUCUCCGGACGGCCACUGCCUUCGCCAUCUCCGUGUUCAGGUCUCUUUUCUUGUUUCUGUCGUCACCUGCGAUCAAGACGAAGACUUGUGGGCUCUCUAUCAUUCCAAAGCUGAUUCCUUCCAGACAUUUGAAUUCAUUGUCGCCUGAGCCGAUGAACGAGGUGCAUAACACGGAUGUGCUCCUUAGUUCAACACGAGGGAGUUGGAACGUGAAGAAGACGCUGGAGAGAGUAGACGAGAGUAUUCAGGGCCUCGAAACAGGACUCGACUCCAUUUUCAAGUGCCUUGUCCAAAACAGAGUCUCUUUUCUCAACAUUCUUACAAACAACGGAUAGCUAAUCCCUGUUUUUGUUUUAUUCUGUAACUGUACAAAGACACCGAUCAAGAUUCUAUAAAUACACAGAUCGAUCUUGUCAAUCCAAAAAGUUUUCCAAUACAAAGAGGCACAUAAAGGGCUAUUGUUUACGUAUGGUCCAAGGCGAAAGAUCCAAGCUAGAGUUUCUCUUUUGCACCUCCUCUAUCUCUCUCUUUAAAAUUUUGGAGAAGAGUGGCAGUUCCCCUUCGAGACCUAAAAUCAAUAUCAUAUACUAAGACCUGCUGCUACUACCACUCUCAAAACGUACCAAAGGCCCUCAACAUACUGACAUGAAUAUUUCCACGGCAAAUAUCCAUACCUGAUUGAUCUACAGAGUUCAUAGGCAACCAGUUUUGGAUGGAUAUAUACUUUGGGAAGCCCAUUGUCCCCCCCCCCCUGAAACGACCGUCCAAGGGCCCAUACUAACAAUGCAACCAAAGGGCAUUUACAUACGACCAACGUUACAGAGUCGUACCCUCUUCUUCCCUGCCCACAACCUCUGCCUCUUUC